AUGACUCGAUACAUUAUAUUCCACGAAACAGCACCGCCACCAACGCCGUUAAAAACUCUCGCCCCAUGGGUGACCUUCCUUAUAAUGAUUUUCCCAGCUCUUCUCUUCAUCUUCAUAUUAGCUGGCUUUGUUAUAUGCGAUAGGAUCUGCCGCUAUCACGCCGGCGUUAACUCCUCGACAAUUGGAGAAUCUCCACCGUCGCCCAACAGAGGACUCAAGAGGGAAGCACUUCAGUCCCUCCCUAAAUCCUCGCCGUGCUUCUCCACCGAGUGCGCCAUAUGCUUAACGGAAUUUUCAGUAGGAGAAGAAAUCGAGGUCUUGCCGAUGUGUAGCCACACUUUCCACGUGGCGUGCAUUGACGAAUGGUUGACUUAUUCUUCGUCAUGUCCAUCUUGCCGACGUCGGGUUUUGGUUCCGGUCAUGUGUCAUCAACAUUUCACUUCUGCCGCCGUUGCUCCUUGA